AUGGGCCUAUUCUUGGCGCUUCAAAGUAUAUUACACCAUGAAUGCAUCGAUUUUGAAGGGCAGAAGCUAGCCGAACGAAUAAUGAAUGCGAUUCUACCGUUUUGUUGCAUUGUUGGCUUUAUCCUUGGAUAUUUUUUGGAGCAGCUAUCUAUUAGUGUUGGAGUGGUUCUAGCGGGUCUUAUGAUUUUACUUCCGCCCUGGCCCAUUUAUAGGAGACAUCCACUAAACUGGCAGAAAAUUGGCAAAGCUCACAGAGAAUGA